AUGUGAGAAAAUACAGAACUUGUUUUGAAAUAAAGUCUUCUUAUUGACUACAUUAAACAGAAUUUAGUCAGUGUUAAGAAGUAACUUGUCAUUCGAAGAUCAUCAACAAGAUAAUGAAGAUAAAGAUAUAUCCUUGUCAGUCCCGUCAUACCUAUCUGACACUAUUAGUAUUUGCAGCUUUAACUGUAUCUGGACAUGCUCAAAAUGUUGCAGAUGUUGCCUUGGAUCCCAAUGGCUUAGUUAAAGUUUAUAUUGGUGGUAAAUGGACAGCUAUUUGUGUGUCUGGAGAUUUUAUAGUUCAAUCACAAGUGUUGUGUUGGAGUUUCGGACAAAAAUUUUCAUCUUAUUCAUCAUAUAGGUCAAAUUUACCAGCCACAAUCACAAAAUUAACAUGCAGAGGUGAUGAAAAAUCACUAUCAGGCUGCAAUAAUCUUCUUUAUUCAGGUUAUAAAUGUUCAUAUAACAAACUUCAUGUUCAGUGCCAGGAAGACUCAACUAAGGCAUUUUGCCCAUUUGACAACGACAUUUGCAAAAUGGUUAGUGAAGGCACAGCAGAUUAUAAAUGGCAACGUGUUCAUCCCUAUAGAUUCACAAGACUGCCAGGAGAAUCAAUACCCAAAAGUGAUCACACAACUGAAAGUAAUAAAGGAAAAUAUAUGCUUGCUUCUGCAGCUAGUUUCCCUGGACAAAAAGCAAUUUUGAAAACAAAACCCUUCGUUGGAAAUAUCAGCAGUGUCAGUUUCUACUAUCACAUGUUUGGAAGUGACAUGGGAAGCCUAAAUGUCUAUGUUCGUUCUAAUAAUUCAAGUGAAAAAACUAUUGGAUCUCUAUCAGGCAAUCAAGGUGUUGGAUGGAAAUAUCUGUGUCUUCCCAUAGAUGAGGGAUAUGGGCAUCAUGAAGUCAUAUUUGAAGCUAUCCAAGGAAAGGGUUUUGACAGUCACAUUGCCCUUGAUGAUGUGACUAUAUCAGAAAAUAGCUGUUCAAGUCACUGGAAUGCUAGCUGCAAUUUUGAGAGAGACACUUGCAAUUAUAAUAUUGAAAAUAGCAAAGAUAUACGCAGCGGUUGGAGACUUCGCACAAAUAAGGCAAAUGAAAUUUCUUCUAGUUCUGGAAAUUACCUGCAAUUUAAUUCGUACAACACAAGGAUGAGACACUCUAUAAGCUCACCUAUGAUUGAUAUUCCAAAUGAAAAGAUCAAACUUGAAUUUCUCUAUUACAUGCCUGGGACUGGAACUAAGUCACUACAAGUAAGAUUUGAGGAAGAAGGACUUAAAUCAUGGUUUACCAAAACACCAUAUUUAUGGCAAGAUUCUGGAGACCGUGGAACUGAGUGGCAGUAUGGUUGUAUGGAUUUACCCAGUAAAAGUGGAAGAAUUGUAUUCACUGGUUUUGCUAGAGAUAGAUAUUCAAAAAUCGGUCUUGAUGAUUUACUUGUUGAUAAAGGCUACUGUCGAACUGGGAUCACAAAUCAUGUAUGCACAUUUGAUAAUCCACUGCUCUGUCAAUAUGAAAUUAGCUGUAUGAACCCUAAUGAAUAUAUAUGGAAGAGGAGGAAGGGAGCAACUCCAUCAAGUAAAACUGGGCCUAGCACUGAUAAUUCAAGAAAAACCAAUGGAUACUAUAUGUAUGCAGAAGCUUCUUAUGGAAAGCCUAAUGCUAGAGCAGAGCUGAAGUUUCUAGUUUCUAAUGUCAAAGGGAAAAAUCUGAAGUUUGCAUACAACAUGUUUGGAAAUGAAAUUGGUCAGCUAUAUGUCAUAUUUAACACUAGUAAAUCAUUAGCUAAACUAUCUUCAAGCAAAGAAGUAGUUUGGACAAAGAAAGGAAACAAAGGAAAAUACUGGCACAAAGCAUGUUUGCAUAUUGAAAAUGACAUAAGUGAAAUCAUAUUUGUAGCUGUAAGAGGAUAUUCAUACGAAGGAGACAUUGCAAUAGACAAUGUAGUAGUUGAAGAAAAAGGAUGCCCUGGUCCCUUUGACUGUGACUUUCAAAGCAAAACAUGCAAAUAUACAGUAUACCGUUCUAAUCUUCCAUGGAAAACUGUGUACCAAAAUUCAGAUUCAAGCGACACAAACAUUUACUUAAAUGUUUAUUCAAAUACAAAUACUGAAAAUGCAAAAUUUCAAAUGCAGUCCCCUAAAGCAGAUGUGAAGGAAAAUUCUAGUAUCACCUUCAAAUACCAAAUGAGAGGAAAUAUGAAAGAGUUUGCACUAAUUACUUAUGAUUUUUAUUCACAGAAUAAAAGUUGGUCUUCAAAUUUCAAUGAUAUUACUAAUUUAAUAACAGCAUGUGUAAAUCUCCCAGUUUCAACAAAAUUAGGGCUGAUCUUUCAGAUGACAACAAAUAUUAAUUCCCGAGGGAACACAUAUGCAUACCUGGAUGACAUUGAAGUCCACAAUGAAACAUGCAAAUUGGGUCUUACAUACCAUUUUUGCAAAUUCAAAGAAAUACAUCUGUGUAAUUUCCAUGUUGAGUGUCCAGUGAAUACCAGAUAUAACUGGAGCCGAGGAUCUUCUUCAGAUUAUCGUGGUUUUCCGCGACCUCGUCGCUACUCAUAUGACAGCCACUAUUACAUGUAUGUUGAUUCUAUAAAUGGCAAACCUGGAGACAAGACACAUCUUUCUUUUCCAAAUGUUGUGCCUCCAGCAGGCCAUAGUUUAUACUUUGAUUAUUAUCUCCAACAAGGAUCUGGCAAACUUCAGCUUCAUCUUGAAAAUUCAGAGGGAAAGAAACUUGUAUUUGAAGAAUUUGGUAUCAUUCAAUCAAGACAAUGGAAUUCUGCUUGCAUUGACAUUAAAAAUAACACAAACACUAGUAUUGUAUUUACUGCUACAAGGGGCUAUGAAUUUGGUGCAUUUAUUGGCUUGAUGAAUGUAGGCUUCAAACCAGAAGUUUGUCAAGCCAGGAAUAUUUCCUGUGGUUUCACAGAAGGCACAUGCCAGUAUAGCAACCUAACUUACUACUCAACAUGGGAAAGAAUAAAUUCAAGAAACGAUACUAACCUAACAGAUGGCUUUUUUAUGGAAACUAAAUUCUCCUAUGGUAAAAGCAUGAUGGUAUCUCCAACUGAAAAUAUCACCAACAGCUGUGUACAAAUCAGAUAUAAGAUAAUCAACAAAAAUUGCACGCUGGCCAUCUAUAAUGCCUUUAACAACAACACUAUUUUUAGUAUGGUGAGUGAUGAUACAACUCCAUGGGGAAUAGCUCAAAUGUAUCUUCAGCAAAAUACUACAAAACUUGUUUUUCAGGCAAAAAGUAUGGGAUAUGAAAUGUGUGAAGUUUUACUUGAUUAUGUCAACAUCAGAGAAAAUUAUUGUCCACAAUUAGAGUGUCCAAUUGGAACUAGAAAGUGUAAAAAUAAUUAUUGUUAUAGUGAAUCUAAAGUAUGCGACAGAAUCAAUGAUUGUAGUGAUGGUAGUGAUGAAAUGAAUUGCAGUUCCUCAAUUGCCUGUACUUUCAAAUCAAAAUACUAUUGUGGUUAUGAAAUUCUAAAUGGAUGGCAACAUGAAUUGAAUAAACAUGCAUCACCGUUUGAUGUUUCUGGUAGUAUGAAGAUUAUAGGAACAAAAGGGAAAAUGCUAUCACCCAUCGAAACAUUGGCAGAUUCAUGUGUGAAAUUCCAGUAUAUUUCAGAUUCUGAUUUAACUGGAAAUUUCUCAGUUAUUUGGAAUCAAUGGAAUGUUACAACUGGGAUUUUACUUCGUCAAACUUGGAAUGAAUUAUUUUUUAACCACAAGUAUGGAUCUUAUGAAGGACAACUCCAGUUUCCUGCAGGGAAAGGUUUUCUUGAAUUCAUAGCAGAUGUUGGGUCUGCAGGUCUGACAAUUAAUAAUGUUACAGUUUUUGAAGGAACCUGUCCUGAAUUAAAUUGCCCAAAGAAUACCUUUAAGUGUUUAGACAAUUCAAAAUGUCUCAAUAAAAGAUAUCUAUGUAACAAUCAUUGGAAUUGCAAUGAUGGUAGUGAUGAAAAAAAUUGCUCAAAAUACUUCAGUUGUGAUUUUGAAGAUCAAAAUAUGUGUGGUUUUAAAAGUUUCCCAGAAAAAUAUUGGUUCUUGCAUACAGGAUUUUCUGGUGAAAGACCAAAACUUGAUCAUUCAGAAAGAAGAUUUAGUGGUCAUUAUGUAAUGUCAAAUUCCAGUGAAGAAAGCUAUCUAUUAUUCCCUAAUAUAACCAUUGAAGACACUUUCUGUCUUAACUUUUAUUACACGUUUUUUGGAGAUGGUAAGGUAUCAGUUUAUGACAAUGAAACUUUACUAUUGAGCCUUUCUAAAUUUGAUCAUGAUAUGUGGAGAGGCGUCAAUAUUACACUGCCCGGUGGAAGUCAUGGCAUUUACUUGGAAUACUCAGAUGGAAAUAACAAGUCUGGAGCAGUGGCACUUGACAGUGUUUCAUUAAUCCCAGGAAGAUGUUUACACAAAGGUUGUGGAAAGGACUGGUAUCCAUGUAAUAACGACUUUACAUGUUAUCCUUUCACUGCAAAAUGUGAUGGCAUACAAAAUUGUCCUAAUGGAGAAGAUGAAAAAGAUUGCAUUGGCAAAAAACCACUAUAUAAAUUAGUUGGUGGUAGAAGUCUUCUGUCAGGAACAGUGGAAAAGCUUUAUGGUUCAAAGUAUUUACCAGUGUGUGCAAGGGUAAAUGAUAAUUAUGGGCUAAAAACGAUCUGCUCUGAAUUUGGAGCCAGCGUCACUGUAACACACCAAAUAUACACAGCAUAUCUGAGAGGACCUUACUAUUCUUGUUAUUCUAAAUUUUCUUUUAAGUGCUCAAGAUACCGAUGCUCCGGACGUUGUUCAUGUAAAUCACUGUAUUUGACUUGUUCUGAUACGGUUUGUGAAGAUGGUGAAGUGAAAUGUCCUUCAAUUCGCAAUGGAAGCACACGUAAAGAUGUAUGUAUUCGUCGUGAAAGUUUAUGUGAUGGAGAAAUUGACUGUGAAGGUGGCACUGAUGAAAAGAAUUGUGGUCGUUGUGAAGACGAACAGUGGCAAUGCAGAAAUAAGAAAUGCAUCGAAAAAAGUCUUCGUUGUGAUGGUAAAAAAGAUUGUGAUGAUGGCUCAGAUGAAUUCCAUUGCUUUAGCUACAUAAAUGAAACCAUUCAAGUCUUUUACAAUGGUUCAUAUGAAUAUAUAUGUGAAGAUAAUUUGCAAAACAAAACUGAAGUAAGUCAGUUAUGUUCCUCUGUUGGAAAAGGAUAUGGAAGUUUUGAAGAUCCAGUUUUGGAGAACGGUGUUUUAUUCACACCCAACAACAGCAGCAAUAUGGGACUGAUUCCAGGUUUCAAAGCAAGUUCUUUGCAGAAAUGCAAUGUCACAGUACUGAGUUGUAAGGAACAAGUUUGUGGAGCUCGAAAGAUAGACUUGUUUGAACCCAACAUCAAGUAUGGACAUAAUGCUUUGGAAGGUAAAUGGCCAUGGGCUGUGCAAAUUUAUAGGGAUUACCGUUUUAUUUGCACUGGUAUAUUGAUCAGUAAUGAAAUUAUACUUAGUGCAGCUCAUUGUUUCCGUUCAAGUUCUUAUUACACUUAUUAUAUAAGAGUUGGAACAACAAAGAAAGGUCAAGGAACUCAGUAUAAAGUGGAUCGAAUAUUGAAGCAUAACAAUUAUACAAAUUACAAAAAUGGUUAUGAUAUCGCAAUACUUUACGUGAGAUCUGUAAUUAAGAUGACACCUUAUGUGCAGCCAGUUUGUCUUCCAGAAGGCCCAGUUCCCAGAGACAGAGAUUGUCAUAUUACUGGAUGGGGUAAAAAUGAAAGCCUUGAAUUUCCAAACAUUUUACAAGAGGCAAAGGUCUUUCUGUUAGAUAAUGUACUCUGCAAAAAACAUUUCUCAUUUUUUAAGAAUAUUACAGUUUGUGUUAAUAAUAAGGAAGACACUCAACCAGCCUGCCAUGGGGACAGUGGAGGCCCACUAUUAUGUCGUAAUACGCAUGGUAAAUGGGUAGCGUAUGGUGUUACAAGCUAUGGCAAACCUGGAUGUGGAGGACGUAAAUCAUCUCCAGCAGUAUAUACUGAUAUCUAUACAUUUAUGCCAUGGAUUAUGAGAAAUAUAUAAAUCUUAUACAAAACGUUUCGUACGUUAAAAAAUUAUUCUGUAUUUCAGUGUUAACUUUAGUUCAUUAAGUAUUUAAUGAAUAAAUUAUUCAGUUUGAUUAUUUUUCUUUAA